ACGACUAUUUUUAGGUUUGAUCGAUGUUACAACAGCGAUUGCGAUCACCAAGAGAUCUUUCAAAGAUCUAUUCAACCCUUACUAAAUCACGUUUUCGACGGUCACAAUGUCAGCAUUUUUACCUAUGGAGCAACAGGAUCUGGCAAAACGUAUACCAUGAUAGGAAAUGAAAGUGAUCCGGGCUUAAUCCCCAUGGCAGUUAAUGAGAUUUUUUCUUAUACCUCUAAACAACAUAAGUUACAUAAAAACUGGAAAUAUAAUAUUAGCAUGUCGUACCUUGAAGUUUAUCAGGAGAAGAUUUACGACCUCAUAGCCAGUGGAAACAAAGAUUUAAAUUUAUAUCAAAACAAAUCUGGUAAAAUUGUUGUCGGUGACUUAGCAGAGUCAGCAAUAUGUAGUUUUGAAGAAUUUUGCAAAGUCUUUAUGAAAGGUAACAACGGCAGGAGAGUAGCAGCAACAAAACUCAACCGCCAGUCGAGUCGAAGUCAUUCCGUAUUGCUACUGAAAGUUGAAAAAACGGAUAAUUCUACAUUAGAGCGAUUCAAUAGUAAAGUAUACUUAAUUGAUUUAGCUGGAUCGGAAGAUAAUAGGAGAACUGGCAAUAGUGGAGAAAGGUUAUUAAAAGAAAGCGGGACUAUCAAUUCAUCGUUGUUUGUAUUGGGAAAAGUUGUUGAAGCUUUAAAUCAGCAACUGGCUAGGAUUCCGUAUAGGGAGAGUAAGUUAACUCGACUUCUACAGGAUUCCAUUGGCGGUAGUGCGCAUUCUUGCAUCAUAACUACUGUCUCUGCCAGCAAAUCAGAUUACUACAGCACCUAUCAUACACUCCAAUUUGCAUCGAAAUCCAGAAAUAUUAUAAAUAAACCUUUUGCUCAGAUUGAAAACAUCAAGCCACGUCAUGAUUUGUCAGAAACAAGAAAGCGUCGAAUUUCCACGGCAGAGGAUGAUAAAAAUAAUAAAGUAUGUGAUCAAAUUGCUUUUAUAUUAAUUAUAUCUUGUGUAAUGCUUUGA